AUGCUUGGAGGUAGCUUUAAGAAAAGUAUGCCCGUGAGAAUUUCUAUUGGCGCCGUCAUCGCGGCCUUCUCGGCAUCUCUUGCCGCAGCUUCCCUCACAGAGUAUCCGUGGACAGAAGCUGCUAUAUCCGCUCCUUCCGAGGGGCGAUAUCUUUACAAGACUGUUAGUGGUGAGCCUUUCACCUGGGUUGCUGAUACCAACUGGGAGUUAUUCCAUCGCAUGAACCAUACCGACGUGGAUCUCUAUCUCGCAGACCGUGCUGCGAAGGGAUUCACCGUAAUCCAGGCCGAUUUGUUAUCCAAGUACAAUGUCACAACGACUCCUAAUUUCUUUGGCCACCUUGCCGUCAACAACAGUGACCCAGCUCAGCCCAAUGAUGCCUACUUCGAUUUCGUUGAUUGGGCUACUGCAAGAGCAGCUGAAUAUGGCAUAAUAAUCUGCCAAGUCCCAGUCUGGGGCCGAUAUGUCAGCGGUGGCUGGUACGGAACAAUUGGUCCCAGGCUAUUCGACGAGGCCAACGCGUAUGCUCUCGGCCGUUAUCUUGGUAAACGCUACCCUGGCGUUCCCAAGAUGCUCGGUGGUGAUACCAAUGGGUUCUGGGCAAAUAAUGUCCCGCAGGCUCGUGAUGCUUGGAGGAAGAACCCGGAGAAUCCCGCGAUUACAUUGGGUCCCAUUGAAGACACUCGUGCUAUUUGGGCUGCCAUGAUGAGAGGUUUCAUUGAAGAAGAGGCCAAGCAGGGUUAUAAGGCUUUUGUUGCCUUUCAGCCUACCAGCCCUUGGUUCUCCGAGCCCGCUACACCGCUUCCUUACGGACACAACUACAUUAAUGGGAGCCUCGGAACUCUCUCGAUGGAUGCCGUCCAGUCUGGUCAUGAGUACUCAGAUCCAGAGGGCAUUGACUACAACUACAAGGUUCUGACUCCCUGGGACUCUAGCAAGAACUAUGAUAAUAUUAUUCAAAUGCGUGAUCAGUUCCCGGGCCCGGUAAUGGAUGUUGAGAAUCACUACGAAGGUGCAAACCAGGGCUUCAACACUUCCAAGCCUGCUUUUAAUGUGUCUGAAGUUCGCCACGGCUACUAUCCAGCUCUUCUCAGUGGAGCUUGUGGUAUCACUUACGGAUCUCUUCCCGUGCAGCAAACUUACGAGAAUAUUUCCCUCGUGGCUAGCCCGGAGCACUACCACGAGCAUCAGCUCAACCUGUCGCCUAAUGCUAGCUGGCAUGAGGCACUGCACUGGCCUGGAGCUAAACAGAUCGGAUACGCAGGUGCUAUCUUCAACGACCUCUCCAAAGAUGCGUUCAACACUCGCGAGCCUGCUAGAGAAUUCCUCUCGUCUCCUCAGGGCCCUUCGAGUAAUAUUUUUGAUUACGUCGGUGACCGUUAUAUCGCAGCUAUGAUUAGAAAGGGCUACUACUGGGUUUAUUUCGGCUGGGGAGACGCUUUUCAGGUGGAUCUGGAUAGGGUUUUAUAG